AUGAUGAAGGAGGGAAAAGAUGAUGAAGCCAUUAACCUGUUGGAUCUGACGUGGCAACUGCAGCCCUCUGAAGGCCCUGUGUUGAACAACGGUCUGAGUACUGCAGGUCUAGCUGUCAACAGUGAUGUGGCCACACUGCCCUCUGGAGGCAAAGCUCCAUGGCAAGGUCCUAACAGCAGUAUAGACAGUGGGGAUGUGGAGGUGGGGAGGAGGGUGAGUCAGGAGAUUCCUCCUGGGAUGUUCUGGAGGUCUCUGCUUCACCUGGCCCAGCCGCAGUUCCUCAAGUUCAACAUCUCCCUGGGGAAAGAUGCUCUGUUCGGGGUCUACAUCCGCAAGGGCCUGCCCCCCUCACACGCACAGUAUGACUACAUGGAGCGCUUGGACGGUAAAGAGAAGUGGAGUGUUGUCGAGUCUCCUCGAGAACGCCGCAGCAUCCAGACUGUGGUUCUAAACGAAGCCGUGUUUGUUCAGUACCUGGACCUGGGAGCAUGGCAUCUAGCCUUCUACAAUGAUGGACGAGAAAGAGAGACCGUCUCCUUCAACACUGCUGUAAUGGACUCGGUACAGGAGUGUCCCCGUAAUUGUCAUGGCAACGGAGAGUGUGUGUCUGGUGUGUGUCACUGCUUCCCUGGGUUCCAUGGCAUGGACUGCUCCAAAGAGGCCUGUCCAGUGCUGUGUAGUGGUAAUGGUCAGUAUGAUAAGGGAUCCUGUAUCUGCUACAGUGGAUGGAAGGGAGCAGAGUGUGCCGUCCCCACCACCCACUGCAUUGACCCUCUCUGUAGUGGACAUGGGUCCUGCACUGACGGGACCUGUGUCUGCUCCCUGGGGUACAAGGGAGACAACUGUGCCAAAGUGGACUGCCUGGACCCGACCUGUUCUAAUAACGGUAUCUGUGUGAAUGGGGAGUGCCACUGUAAACCCGGCUGGGGCGGCCCACACUGUGAGCUGCAGCGGGCACUGUGCCCAGACCAAUGCCAUGGCCACGGUGCAUUCAUACCAGACACUGGUCUCUGUAGCUGUGACCCUAACUGGAUGGGACCAGACUGCUCAGUAGGUCAGUAG